CCGCUCGCCCCGUGUCGCCUGAGGUUCCAUUCCAGAGAAACUGUGUCCUCAUUUCUGUAUGAAUGUUCCAAGUUUAUUUCAUUUUACAUUCUUACUGAGAGAAGUACGAACACCAUCAUGGAGACCGUGGAUUUUGAGGAAGCAGCAAUUUUCUCUGCCCAGAGUGCCCUUCCUUCAGGCAGCAGGAAAGAAGAACUCUUCCAAUCUCCUUGGACUAACUGAGGCAGAAUUAAAAGAACAGUUUGUAAGAGGUGAUGGCCCAGGAGGUCAAGCCACAAAUAAGACAAACAACUGUGUUGUCUUGAAGCAUAUUCCAUCUGGGAUUGUAGUGAAGUGUCAUCAAACAAGAUCAGUGGAGCAGAACCGAAAGAUAGCCAGAGAAAUCCUGCAGGAAAAAGUUGACCUUUUCUACAAAGGUGAAGAUAGUGAUGUUUUUAAAGAGAAGAAAGCAUCAGAGAAGAAGAAGCAAGAGAAGAAAAGAAGAGCAAAGGAAAACCUAGAAAGAAAAAAGCAUUUUAAAGAGAUGCAACAACUGGAUAAGAAAUAAACGUGAAAUACUGACUUGCCCUAGUAGGACAGCACCCUCACCGGCUGCCACCAAGUUCCGGCCUUCAACAGUGAAGGGAGAGUGCUUCAAGAACCAAAGCCACAGCAUGGAUUUUGAAAGCAAUGGAGACUACUAGCGACUACACCGCCUUCUUACAGAGAUCAAUGGCAUCCGGACUGUACCAUGGAUGGAAACUCUCCAGUAAUCUGCAGGCCCGUUGCCUUGUCUGUUCCCGAACUUGAGCUUCCUGCAUGAAGGUUAAAUCUUUUAUCUGUUGAGGAUUCUUGUUCAUGGAGUAUGAAUCUGA